CGGCGGGCAAUUAGUACGACUUUGAAAUCUCCCCCAGAAAUGUCGUCGCAAUUGCUCGUCUCUCUUCUUGCGGCACUCUGUCUGAGCUGUGUGUCCGCCCAGUCGAGUCGCUUGGUCGAUGGCGAAUCGGCUGCCGUGGGUUCGCAUCCCUACAGCGUCUCGCUCCAGUUUCAAGGUGACCACAUCUGUGGUGGUGCCCUAAUCAGCGAUAGAGUUGUCCUGACGGCAGCGCAUUGCGUCACACGUGGCGGUAGCAUUGAAAGUUAUCCAGCUAGAAGCUUUACUGUCCGCGCUGGCAGCAUUCAACGUUCCGCUGGCGGUCAAUUGGUCACCGUCUCCAGUAUCGUUGUCCACAAAUCCUAUGCCAAUGGCCUGAAUAAUUUGGCGCUGCUUGUGCUCCACUCGCCGCUCACCCUCAAUGCCAACACCCAGCCCAUUACUUUAGCCACUGAGUUGCCUUCAGCUGGCGUUGCCUUGACCUUCAGCGGCUGGGGUUCAUUGAAGGAUUCGGGUGCCUUGAGCCACCGCUUGAUUGUGGGCACCCAGCUGUUGCUCAGCGAUGCCCAGUGUCAGCAGCAGUUGUAUCUGCAGGAUGAGGGUCUCCUCUGUUUGGCCCCCACAGAUACCCAAACGGCGCAAGGCAUUUGCGUUGGCGAUGCUGGCGCACCGGCUGUCUACAACAAUCAACUGGUUGGCAUCGGUAGCUUCUAUGUGGGCGGCUGUGGUAGCAGCAAUCCCGAUGGUUUCCUCAAUAUUGCCUACUAUCGUGACUGGAUCAGCGAGAAUACUCCUUGAACCUGAACCUUGAGAUCUUCUUAAGCUUCAGAUCAGAUGCAGUCGAACUCACAAUUUUGCUUUAUUUAGUUACUUUAUAAGGGUAUUGUAAUAAAAUUGUUUGGCUUUUGGUCAGCGUGUUUUAGACUCGAAGUGGGAUGCGUUCCGGUUACAUUGGGUAUUUUUUAGAGGCCAAAAAUCUUU